AUGGUGAAGUCUAAUGCACCGGGGCUGAUGCUCCUGACUCUCUUGGCCGUGGCCUCGAACGCCCAUACUUGGGUUGAACAACUCACGGUCAUUGCCCCCAACGGAACCUUCAUCGGAUCUCCAGGCUAUCCGCGCGGGAACGUCCCUCGUACCGCGCCCAACUUCAACGACGGCACCAUGACCCAUUUGCUAUCAGCGACGGACGCCAAAAACAUGUCCGCCGUCACCGGUGACAUGUGCAUGAACUCGCAGAAGAAGCAAGUCCAGAGCGAGGGAAAUCCCCGACUGCAGGCAGCCGCGGGAGAUGCCAUCGCCCUUCGAUACCAGGAGAAUGGCCAUGUGACGCUGCCCGACACGCAGGCCGGCAAGCCCAAGAACCGCGGGACGGUGUAUGUCUACGGCACCACCGAUCCCAAGGAGAAUGAUCGACUGGAGGCCAUCCACAAGGUCUGGAACAAGGACGGUAGCGGCGGCGAUAAACGCGGCGUGCUGUUGUCCACCCAGGACUUCGACGACGGCCAGUGCUAUCAGAUCAACGGCGGUGCCAUCUCCCAGAAGCGCCAGACUGACUUUCCCCACCAGGCGGAUCAGUUGAUGGGCGCCGAUCUGUGGUGUCAGCAGGAUAUCAGGCUGCCGCAGAAUCUUCCCUCGGACAAGCCCUACACCCUCUACUGGGUCUGGGAUUGGCCGACUGCCAAGGGCGUCGAUCCGGGCUUGCCUGGCGGAAAGCAAGAGGUUUAUACGACUUGUAUGGACGUGGACGUGGUCAAGAAGCCCAACACGCAAGAACGCAUGCCUGUCAAGUAUGUCGACGGUCAAUCUCUGAAUCGCGCCGCUGUCAAGGCCCGUUUCAUCGGAACGAUGGGCUCCAGUUUCGACGUUCCUCUUAACGACGACGGUGGAGAUGCAAGCAGCACUUCGCAAGGCGCGGACAUGGAGUCAGCCACUUCUGCUUCAUCGCCAACACCGACCGGGUCUCAAGAUGACGAGAAUCAAGAUGGGGGUGAUGAUAGUGCUGGUGAGAGUGAGGAUGCAAGCAGCACCUCGCAAGACUCGGUGGGAUCAGUCACCGAGUUUUCAUUCCCAACACCGACUGGGCCCCAAGACGAGAGCGACAAGAAUACCGAAGAGAUUGAAGAUGCCAGCAGCACCUCGCAAGACGCGGCGUCGGAAUCAACUACUCUGGUAACUUCAUUCUCAGCACCGACCGGAACCCUCGACGAUCCUGAUCAAGAUGAGAAUGGCGACGAGAGUACCGGUGAAGGUGAAGAUACAAGCAGCUCUUUGCAACCCGCAGUCUUCGUGCAGCCCACGACAACUCCAACAUCGCCUGAGCCGGUCACAUUGACCACAUUCAAGACAGUGGUGAAGACCGUCCAGCCCAGUGGUUGCUCGGGAUCGUAUUGA